CUUUAUUUGCGCUUUCUCUCUAUUGAAAUAAGGGGUGUAUUUAUUAUAAAUAAAUAAUAUUAAAUAUCUUUAGAUGCUGCCGAUGCCUCUGCCCUUGAAAUUCUUGAGAGGAUUGCGGCAAAUGGUGACAAUUCCGACUUGGACUUGUCAGACUCGGAGGAUCCCCCGGAUGGUGCAGAAGCAAAUGAGCAGUGCGGCGGAAUUCUAGAUGAAGAGGAGCAGGAUUGCCACUACGAUUCAGACACCGAUGUCGAUGACGGCGUUAACGGUGCUUCUAACCCGGGCAUGCCUUCUCGCGAAAGGUGGCCUCGGAAGCAAGUCUACGCAUCCGUCCUUCCCGAUCUACCUGAUGUACCGUCGUCUACGGCCGAUGAAAGAGAUGGCUGGUUUGCAAGUCAGUACUAUGCCAGAUACAUGGAUGAGCAGGCAUUUCAGCUUCUCCACGAAAUGACUGAAAUUUCGUACCUCCAGCGCACAGGACGGUCGAUGAACUCAUCUCCUGGAGAAAUGAAGGUAUUCCUAGGAGCCACGUUGCUCAUGAGCUGCUUGGGUUACCCUCGAGCUAGAAUGUAUUGGAGCCAAGGAACACGUGUCGCCGCCGUAGCCGACAAAAUAACCAGGGAUCGGUUUUUUCUCAUACGAUCGAACCUCAAGGUCGUCAACGACCUCGCUGUUUCCGACGAAGAGAAAGAAGCCGAUCGGCUAUGGAAAGUGCGUCCUCUUCUUAACAUCAUUAGAAACGCUUGCCUCACUCUGCAGCGCUCACCAAAUAUCUGCGUGGACGAGCAAAUUAUUCCCUUCACCGGUAAAUGCCCAGUGAAGCAGUUCGUUCCUGGAAAGCCCAACCCGACAGGCCUGAAGAACUUUAUCUUGGCUAGCCCUCAAGGCCUUGUUUUAGAUUUCGAAAUCUUUCAGGGUAAAGGAAGCCUCGCACAAAAGAAAGAACAUGGAAUCGGUGCUGCCGUUGUGCUGAAGCUUGCUGGGACGUUGCCGUGUGGAAGCUCGCUGUAUUUUGACAGAUAUUUUACAGGAAUGCAUCUUCUUGAGUCAUUGGCAGAAAAGAAUAUCAGGGGGACAGGGACAAUCAUGAAAUCACGGCUUCCGAAGGGGCUGAAGCUCAAAGGGGACCGGGAAAUGCGUACGGAAGGUCGUGGGGCAAUGUCUCAGUGUGUCGGCACUGUCUCUAACAUAUGCAUCACGAACUGGUACGAUAACAAACCGAUCGUGCUGGCCUCCACCCACGUGGGCAUGGAGCCUGUGGAUGAGUGUACGCGAUUUUCAAAGCAGGAGCGAAAGAAAGUUGCUGUCAAGAGACCAGCAGUUGUCGCAGAGUACAACACUUACAUGGGGGGUGUUGAUCUCUGCGACAGAAUGCUGAGCUACUACCCCACUACCAUGCGCACAAAGAAGUGGACGAUUCGGACCCUCAUCUUCAUGAUGGAUGUCGGAGUUGUGAACUCUUGGCUCCUUUACAAGCAAGAUCACCGGGAGCUGGACACGCCGAGAAAAAACAUCAUGCAACUGCUGGACUUUAAGCUCGAGCUCGCCCAUUUUCUGCUUGCCUCAGACAAGGGGUUUGCCUCAAGUGAAAGUGAUUGCGAAGCCUUGCCACUGCGGAAGCCAGCAGUUGUGCCACUUCCAUCACCAUCCGUGCGCACACUCGGUGCGUCACACAUGCCGGAACUCGUGGACCAAAAGUCCGCAAGCAGGUGUCGGAACCCUGGCUGCUGCGAAAGGACCAAGUUUCGAUGCAGCAAGUGCAACCUAUUCUUGUGCUUGACAGCUGGCCGCAACUGCUUCAAAGCAUUUCACAAGAAAUGAGACCAGAGGGGUCAAUAAAAACGUGUUUCUAUGACAUCAUGCUGCAUGGUUUUUUUUGACAACUUAGUCCCAGUGUGCAAUAUAUUGCACAUACGAUAACUUUUCAACGACACGUCAUAGAAAGUAAAGAAUGACAUCAAAAUUAUCUGUGUACUCUGAUAAAUUCUAUUACUCAA